AUGGAAACUUCUACUUACAUUGGAUGUCUAUAUACAAAACCUGUUAAUGAAUUUUUGGAACUUGAAGCAAAGGAUAAAGUAAAGCGAUUUUGCAUAUAUAAUGAUUAUAAUGAUUAUGAAAAUAAUGACUAUAAAAAUACAACUAAUUUAGAAAUAAUUGAGCUAUCAAACCUUUGUGACCAUAUUCAACAGCUUUUAAAUGAAUAUUCAACACAGCUUAAUAAUAGUUUAGAAAAUGAACCUCUAUUUAAUUUUCAAUGUGAGAUAGAUAUAUUAAUAUUUAACAAAUCAGCAAAAGAAGUAGCAGAGAAAUGA